CUGCUGAGAGCACCCGCUGGUCAGCCCUGGUACUGCAGCCCACACGGCAGGGGAACCCAGGAAGGCAGUUCGCUGGACACAGGAUUUCCAGGAGUAGGCUGGGAAUCAGUUAUUGGCCAGUUUAGCUGGACAUCAGGGGCUGGCACAUCAGGCUGCGCAGCAGACAGAGGCACAUCGGGCUGCGCAGCGUGCAGAGGCACGUCCGGCUGGGCAGCAGGCAGAGGCACGACAGCGGGCACCGAGUCAUUUGGCAUGACAGCGGGCACCGAGUCAUCAGGCAAGUCAGUGGGCACCGAGUCACCGGGCAAGUCAGUGGGCACCGAGUCACCGGGCAAGUCAGCGGGCACCGAGCCAUCUAGCUGAACCGCGGGCACCCGGUCACCAAGCUCGACAGCGGGCACCUAAU